UCAAUUAACUAAAAUCAAACAAAAAUUAAGUUUAAUUAAAGACUUAUUAAACGCGAAUUUGUUUAAAUUUCAACAAAUAAAAGGCAAGGUUCAAAAAUUUUUGUGGACUAUAACCAUGAAAAAAGCAAUAAACGAUACAAUUCAACGAGUGUUGAUGGUCCCUCCAACACAUUUUACAGUCAAAUAUUCAAUAAAUCCGUGGAUGAACGAAAAAAUAAAAGUAGACAAACAAAAAGCAAUGGAACAAUGGAAUUUACUUAAAGAAUCAAUUGAAAAGGAAGGUGUAAAAGUUGUGACAUUAAAUCAAGUGGAAGGACAACCAGAUAUGGUUUUUGCUUGUAAUAGUGGACUUGUUCACAACAACAAAAUUUUUCUUUCAAAAUAUCGACACAAAGAAAGGACUGGAGAACAAAAAUAUUUUGCUGCUUUUUAUAAGCAAUUGGGACUUCAAUUAUUUGGAGAAGAUUAUCCAGAAUUUUUUGAAGGUGGAGGAGAUGCUGUAUUUUCUGAUAAAAAUACUUUGUGGGCAGGUUGGGGUGGACCUCGGACAGACAAAAAAGCAUAUGACAAUAUACGUUUAAUGGGGGGAAAUGAUUUUGAAAUUAUUUUUUGUGAAUUAAUUGAUCAACGUUUUUAUCAUUUGGAUACUUGUUUUUGCCCUGUUGGGGAAAAUUCAGCUUUGUGGUUUCCACCCGCAUUUUCAAUUGAAACUAGAGAAAAAAUACAAACAAAACUUCCUCAAGCAAUUUCUGUUAGCGAGGAAGAAGCAUUAAAUUUUGUUUGUAAUGCUAUAAAUAUUCGGAAAAAAGUAAUUUCACCAAAAGGUGUUUCAAAACAAACUUUGGAAGCUUUAACUUGUUUAGGCUAUUCUCUUGAAGAAGUUGAAAUGAGUGAAUUUAUGAAGUCUGGAGGGGCUUGUCAAUGUCUUGUAAUGAAAUUAUGA